CAGUGGCGCGCAGAAAAGUGGGUGCCGGUGAAUAUUAGUAAAGUAAGAUGUCGUACGUUGGGAUGGGACGUGUUUUUAACAUCGCAUGUUUUUAUCUCCUAUUAUUAGGAGUUGUAAGUGCUAAUAAUCAACGACUGGCUAAAGAAUCUUUGGUAGAAAAGCUCGAUGAAGAAAAUUGGGAUCGUAUGCUUCGGGGAGAAUGGAUGGUCGAAUUUUAUGCUCCAUGGUGUCCAGCCUGUAAAGCUCUGGAGCCAGUAUGGGAGCAUUUAGCUAGUUGGAAAGAAAAACUUCAUAUAAAUGUUGGCAAAGUAGAUGUAACUGAUUCACCAGGACUUAGUGGACGCUUUAUGGUUACAGCUUUGCCUACUAUUUAUCAUGUAGUAGAUGGCGUCUUCAGACAGUACAAAAGUCCAAGAGAUAAAGAAGCUCUUAUUCAAUUUGUAUCUGAUAGAACUUGGGAAAAGAUUGAUCCUAUACCCAGUUGGAAAAGUCCAACUUCUAUUCACAUGUCUGUCCUUAGUCAAUUCUUUAGAUUGUCACAAGUAUUAAGGGGCAUUCAUAACAAUCUCAUGGAAGAUUUUGGAUUACCGACAUGGGGAAGUUAUUUGAUCUUUGCAGUGGCAACUAUUAUUCUGGGUGCACUAUUGGGCCUUAUCAUUGUAUGUCUCAUCGACUUAAUUUAUCCACCUAAACCUAUGCAACUUCAAGGAAAGAAAAAACAACAGGAUGGAAGUAGUGCAGCUUUGCAAGAGAAAAGUUCGGGAGAUGACGAGAUCGUCGAAAAUGUAAAAGAUGAUUUGAUUGAUGAAGAAGGUUCAGAAUCUGAGGAGGUUACUGAAACGAACAGUAAAGAAAAGGAUUCCAAAGCAGAUACCAGCAGUCCGAAUGUUCGCAAGCGUAAGCCACGUAAAGCUGAUUAGAGGUAUUAAUUUGUUAAAUGUAAAUAAUUCAUGGUCUCAGAAAAAAUUGCGCAGAUGAUGAUAUUUACGCAUUUGUUGUUGCAAUCCACAAUUACAAAUCGACUCAAUGUAAUGUUGCUAUUUUGCACUUGACAUUACACUCGUUAAAGGAAAAAAAAAAAAAAAAAUUUAAUAAGUAUUACAAACAAGUAUGGCAAAUUUCAAAGAAGUAAAUUGACGAUUAUUAUAGAUGUCAUUUGUAUAAAAGAAAAUAAUCGUAAAGCAUUUUCUUAAUUAAAAGCUUUCUACUUGUAUUAAAUUCCUAAUAAUUUUUCUAAUUUAUUUUAAUAUGUUAUUUGAUAUGAACAAAUAUUAAUAUGAAAAAAUAUAUUUUCGUUUGAUAUUUUAAUACUCGGUGCAAUAAUUAUUAUAUGAAUAUUCUAAUAUUCAAUACUAUAUUAUUAAUUUUAUGAGAAUAUUACACUUGUUUCGAGAAUCUUUAAAAAUAAUUACAAAGAACUGACUUACCAGCUAUAUCAUAUGAUUAUUAGUUUUAUAUCUUUUUUCGUUUUGUCAUUUUCUUUUAUUAGAUUAUGUUAUCUACUAACGUUAUUCUAAUUUUAUUUAAAGUUAAAUGUUUGGUAAAUUACAUCAGUAUUUUUUUCAUCAAUGAACUUUAUUUUUACGCAAAUAAAAAAACUUUCAAUGUUUGAGGGAUCUUAAUAGUAUCUAGCGCGAUGCAUAAUGACUUAAAUUUGUUGUUGUUUUUUAAUUGUAAUCAGUCUUACAAGUUUUACCAUUUAAAAAGUUUUCAUUUUACUCUUACGAUUCAUGAUAACGCGCAAGUAUAUUAUUCGAUAACAAAUCGAAAUAUAUAAUUUUAAAUAAUUAAUAAUAAUUUGCUCAAAAAUCGUAUAUCUAUGUGAAACAACAACAAAUUCAUAGUUUUUACGCAUUUAUAUAUAAACAUUAAGUUAAAGACUCGUAUAGAAACUAAGAUAGCAGGAUUACCGCAAUAUAUUAAGAACCAAUCGUAACAAUUAUAUAAGUCUUUUACUUUUAAAUAUUUAUGUAAAAAAAUAUUUAAUAUAAUAACAAGAGUGUAGCAAAUCAUAAACAAAGAACUAUAUUACUCAGGACAUGGUUGAAAUAUACGUUUAUAAAUAAUCGACACGUUUGUAACAUUUACGAAAUUCUCAUCUUCUUCUUUUCUUUUCAAUUAUUAUUAUUAACGGUCUCUAUGAGAAUAUUGGUCUUUAUAAUAUGGCAAUCUAUCUAACAAAGAAAUAUUUGUUAUUUAACAUAUAACCAUUAAUAUUUAUCUCGUUCAUGCGUAUAUUCUGUGAAAUAAGAAGAUGCGAAUGCGAUUUAGUAGUAACAUUAAAAAGAUGUAGUAAUCAUCUCGUAUCGCUUUCUAGUUAUCUGUAAAUAUCUACGAUUACACGUAAAUGUAUACAUGAGCGUAUAAUUUGCGAUAAUUCUGUCGUGUAUUACCGUUUCUUCAACUACGACGACGACAACAACAACAACGCAUUGACAUUUUUUUCUACGUUUGUUAAACAUUUAAAUUAGUGCGCUCGACAAAAAAAAAAAGAAAUCAGUUUUCUAUCGACAUUCCAUGCGACAAAAACCAUGACGGUACAUAUACACAUAUAAUGCUUUUAACCAAAAUGCUCGUGUCUUCGUCAUCGAGAUAAUAAGAUAAAAAUACGUUACAAUGGGGAAUAAGGACUAACUAUGUAACGUUGACUUCCUAAUAAACGCAUUUAAGAGAGUAACAAAA